AUGAUAGAAGCAGCUGAUAUCGUAGCUAUGCUAUCUGAACGAGUCUCAAAAAGAGAUACUUAUCAACCAAAAGGAAAUAAACAAAUUCAAGAGCUCAUCGAGUAUCUUUUUGAAACUAUUCAAACUUUCUUGUCUACCUCAUCGUUCGAAAUUUACGAUGAAUCUACACUUGAUCAAAUCGAUUCAUCGGAUAAGUUCUCAGGAAAUGAGUCUCAAGCAAGUGAAGACAAUCAAGAGUUAGAAUCCGAAGAAGAAAUAGAAGAUAAUGAGGAACAAAUGGACUCAACAGAAGAAGAAGAAGAAAAUGAUGAUAAGCAACCAACACGCAAAUUUUCUCUUGAUUACAUGAAACAAAAUGAUCUACCUAAUAUGAAAUCUUUCUCUUUAACAUCGUUUUACUACUUAACUGAUCGUUAUGAUACUGAGAUUCUACCUCUUUUUCGUCAUAUACCAAAUCUUGAAGAAUUAACUUUGUAUAUUAUGGUCUAUGAUCGAACUACAUUUAUCGAUGGUACUCACAUUUAUAAUGAAAUUCUUGUUCAUUUACCACGACUUCAUAUAUUUAACUUUUAUAUUUCUACCUGCCCUAAAAUGGAUCAUUUAGUUCAUCAUCUAUCGAAAGAUGAUAUUCAACGAACACUUAUUAAUAACAUAAAAUAUCAACCAGUGGAUUGUAUUGUAAACUCUGAAUAUAAAUUUCCUCAAUGUCAUGUCUUUUCAUUACCGUUUAUGUUUGAACGUCUCAACGAUAUUGGUAAUACAUUUCCAAAUAUUAUUUUCAAUCAUGUUAGAAAAUUAUCGGUGAAAGAUAAUUUUCCAUUCAAACGUGAAUUUUUCAAGCGAAUUGCUUUCUCUUUUCCUUUGCUUAAAGACUUAUGUGUUGUUAAUUCUAAUCCACAAUCAUCAAUAUCCGACGAACGAAACUCUAAUGAUAAUCAAUUAUAUUCAAUUGUUAAAUUGAAUUAUCUUAAUUCUCUUUUUCUUGUGAAUGUUCAUAUUGACUAUGUCGAUCAAUUUCUCAAUGAGAGAAAAACACAUCUACCUCGUCUAACUGUAUUAGCAAUUGAUGAUAAUCAUUUAACAAUCGUCACAGAUAACUUUACAAAAGAUACAACACGGCUUAAUUGUAUUAAUGUGAAAAAAUUAGAAUUGUUUAACGAAAGAGUAACAACACAUUCAAAAGACUUUUAUGUUUAUUUUCCUUUGUUAAAAUCUUGA